AUGAAGUCGAACUCGAUCAUCGCCCUCGCUCUACUCGCGCGCGCCGUGGUGGCCGUCGCGCCGCGGGCCGCCGCGCGGGACCCGGUCCUGCCGACGUGGGAUCCUGCCCUGCCGCCGCCCGUGCCCGCUAGAUACCACCACGCCUGGCAGACCCUACUGGGUGUGUGGGGCACGGUGAAAUUGGUAGCUCCAUGUGUCUACCGCGAGGCGCGCGCCGUCAGCAGUGUCCUCCUGUGUCUCAUCGCGUGGGUGCUGGACUUCGGCCGCGAUGCGCUGGAGGCCCUCGGGAUUCCGGUGAGUCUUGAUGGCGUCUUCUUUGCCCUCCUCGUGGGCGCGUUGGUCUACAAGGCGCGGUCCGUACUCUUAGCCUUCCUCGCGUACCUCCGGUCCGUGAUCAUGAGCGUCGGCCCGCAGCUCCUCAGCUACUACAUGACGAUGCACCCGCCGCUCCGCGACCACGCGAUCCCCUGCCUGAGGGCGUUCCGCUUCUUCGUCGCUUCGUUCUUCCCCAAGCACAAGGAGGCCGCGGACGCGCUCGCGGACGACGUCGAGAUGGGACUCCGCGAGGCGGUGGGGCUCGGCGAGUCGGGCGGCGGGCAGGACUAG